AUGGAGUCCGCUGAUUUAAUCCCGCUGCUCGACCGACUCGAGGAAAAUGUUGACGACCUGGAGGAGGUCCUCCAACCUCUCCUCAAGCGUCCGUUGGCCGACACCUCCAGGAAGUUGCCUGUCAUGGACCGGGCCAAACUCCAUGUGCUGAUCACCUACACGCUCGAAUCAUUGAUUUUCUCUUACUUACGUCUUCAUGGAGUCAAUGCUAAGGAGCACCCAGUGUUCCGCGAACUGACCAGAGUAAAACAGUAUUUCGAGAAGAUCAAGGCGCUGGAGACGGAGCCGGAAGAGCGCACCAUGACUCUUGACAAGCAGGCCGCCGGGCGUUUUAUCAAGCAUGGUUUGGCCGGAAACGACAAAUACGAUCUGGAACGCGCCGAAAGAGAAGCCAAAGAGAAGGCACUCGCGCAACUCAAGGCUAAGCUACUGGCCAAGAAGAGCGCGUCCGCUGAUAAGAAGCCAUCGGAUGAGGCAGAAGAGGACUCGAGCAGCUCCGAAUCCAACUCUGACAAAGACGACCUUGACGAUGAUGAGGAUGUCAUUGAAGGUUUGGAACCGGCUGAGCCUGCACAACCGCAGAAAUCUACCAAGGGCGCGACAAGUAGUGACGGAAAGUCUGGAAAGGGAAAGGCAGCCAAGCCAAAGAAACAACAGGAUAAGGAGGAGCGCCGAGAGGCUCAAAAGGAGCGACGGCGGAAGAAGAAUGAGAAGCGGAAAGCCCGGAGAACGGCAGCGCAGAAGGGAUGA